AUGGCGCCUACCCCAUCCCUCUCCUCCAAAGUCAUCCUCAUAACCGGCGCAAACAGCGGCAUAGGAAAAGCCACCGCCCUCUCCCUCGCCACCCUAAACCCAGCACAACUCUGGGUCGCGGCUCGCAACCUCGCAAAUGGCGAUGCUGCCGUUGCUGAAAUCAAAGCCGCCGCACCGGCCAUCGAUGUUCGAUUCGUUGAAUGCGAUUUGGCUAGCUUUGACUCGGUAGCAAGAGCGGCGAGGGAAGUGAUGGGCGGCCACCCGGGCACUACACCCCAAGGCCAUGAAGUGCAAUUCGGGACGAACCAUGUUGGCCAUGCCCUCCUCCUAAAGCUCCUCACACCAACCUUGCUUUCCACUGUCGAAACCACGGGCUCAACACCCCGCGUCAUCUCCGUCAGCUCGCGGGGCCACGCUCACACUGCCGCCCUACCAGCCGGCGGUAUCGCGUUCGAUACUUUGAGAACUUCACAACAAAACUUGUCGGGCGUGAACAAGUACACGCAAUCCAAACUAGCCAACGUAGUCUACGCGCGCCAAUACGCAUUGCAUUACACACAGAUCAACAGUGUGGCGAUCCACCCUGGUGAUGUCUUGACAGAGAUCUUCAAUAAAGGCGCUGAGGGAGGUGAUGAGCAGAUCAAGUAUUUGGCGAGGGAGGUGGCGCCUAAGAGAUGUGGGUCGCUGGAGGAAGGGAUCAAGAAUGGGGUUUGGGCGGCGACUGCGCAGGGCGUGCUGAGUGGGCGAUAUUAUGAACCUGUGGGUGUGUUGGGUAUGGGGAGUGAGUUGUCCAAGGAUACGAGAUUGGGAGAGAAGUUGUGGGCCUGGACGCAGAGGGAGAUGGAAGGUUGGGAGCUCUAG